AUGACCGGAGAUAAACCACCAGAAAAAUCGACCGCCAGUGGCAGUGGUAAUAGUAAUACCAUCGACGCUAACUCCCCCUAUUACAUCCAUCCAUCCGAUCUACCAAAACAGCUUCAUGUAAACGAUGUUUUGACCGAUGGAAAUUACAACGAUUGGGCCAAAGAGAUGGCCAAUUUUUUGUUUGCAAAAAAUAAAAUGGAGUUCGUUGAUGGGACGAUCCCGAAACCAGAAACCACCUCUGAUCAAUACAUGCAGUGGAUGUGUUGCGAUGGUAUGAUCAUUGGAUGGUUCACGACGGCAGUGGACAAGGAUAUCAGGUCGAGUGUUCGAUACGCAAAUACAUCUUCUGAGAUUUGGAAGGACUUAAAAGAACGAUUCGGUAAAGAAAGUGCACCUCGCGCCUAUGAAUUGAAACAAUUUCUCUCUUGUACGCAUCAGGAUGGGGCCUCUGUUUCAUCUAAUUACACCAAGCUCCACAGUAUAUGGGACGAAAUACGUUCGGUUUUGCCAAUCCCACAAUGCACAUGUGGGAAUUGUUCAUGCGAUAUUGGAAAGAGGUUGAAUGAUUUCAAAGAAAAGGAACAAUUGUACGAGUUUCUGAUGGGAUUUUUUCGAACAUAA